AUGGGGGAGGUGAAGGAGAAGGAGGCGCUGGCGGAGAUCCUUGAGGACCAUCGGAAGGGAUCUUCCGAUGACACCCUACCACCCGCGGGGCUGGACCUCAACGAAGGCUUCAGCGAGGCAAGCGACGACGGGAGAGACGGCGACGAGAACUACGACGACGAUGGCGGUAGCACAAGCGAGGUUGCUGGAGGAGGCAGGAGCUCAAGCAACAACAACAGCACCAACCAUGAAUCAGAAAGCAGCAGGGGUCGUCAUGACAAGGCCGAGGGCAGCGGCGAGAGGGUGCCCACGGUGCGGCAGUACAACCGGUCGAAGCACCCCCGGCUCCGCUGGACGCCGGACCUCCACAUGGCGUUCCUCCAUGCCGUCGAGCGGCUGGGCGGCCAAGAGAGAGCAACGCCAAAGCUGGUGCUUCAGAUGAUGAAUGUGAGGGGGCUCAACAUUGCUCAUGUGAAAAGUCACUUGCAGAUGUACAGAAGCAAAAAGAUAGAGCACGAGUCCAGCCACGAGAGGGCGGCCAUGUCCUCAGUCUUUUCGCCCAUGAAUUUCCACAUGAGGAGAGGGGACCAUCCGUUCCACGACAUGUUCUUCCAGCAGCGAGCUGCCGGCUCGACGCUCACCUCCAGGUUCAACGACGGUGGGGUCUUCACGCCGAGGAAUGCCGGCUUCCCGGAUGCUAGCCGGAUUUACGGGCUCCUCCAAUGCCGGCAGCCUCCAUUACAAACCUUCGACUUCAAGAACAGCACGAGCCUUAGGAAUCAAGAAUGGGCGUUCACCCAGCACGCGGCGGCGGCGAGGGCACGCGCGGUUAAUGACAAUGGUCCGGGGAAAGGGCUAAUCCACGAGAUGAUCUUCAGGAAGGACGGCAAGCCGACGUCGCAUUUGUUCGACGUGAGGGACGCCGCCGCCUCCAGCGGGACGACGUCGCCGUCAACAACAACAACAACCACGAGCCAAGCCGACCGUAGGCCAGAUGGCGCAAAGAUGGGAAGCAUGAAUUGGAUCGGCAGCAGCUCUCGGCCGCUCUCGAAGACAAUGUCGGCUACUGGUUUGGAGCAGGGCGGCCACGCUCAGCUCCCAUUUAGGUGGCGAGGUGCCGCCGGCAGCAAUGGCUGCCACCCCAACGGCAACACUGGCAGAACAACGUCAUCUUCAGAUCCCGUGGUGACAUGUGAAGCAGGUUCCCCGCUCUUGCUGCCGAAGCAGGGAGUGCCGAGGACUCCAGCCAAAGCUACUGAGGAGACGAGCAUCGGAGCAGACGCGAGGAAAACGAAGGCAUCGGCUGCGGCGGAGGAGAACGGGUGGGCGCCGGAGUUGCAGCUAAGCCUGAGCCCCAACGCGGCGGCAGACACUGCAGGAAGGGGCAAGAAGAGGAACAGCGCUGGGCAGGAGGUGAGCAGCGACAAGGUGCCACUCUCUCUCUCGCUGUCAUUACAUGGUGGCGUCGUCGACGACGACGACGGUGGUGGCCGGGAUGGCAGGAGGUUAGAGGUAGCGACAGGUAGCAGCAGCAAGAAGGCCGCUCUGGGGCUGAGUACUUUGGAUCUGACCAUGUCGAUCAAGACAUUGGAGUGA